AUGGAUUCCGCAAUAGAAGUGGACUCAGAUGAGUAUGAAUAUGAGUACCAUGAAACUGAGAUAGAGAGCUUUUAUCUAAACCUAGACCUCACAUCCGCCAAUGGCCCAAUCCGCCCUCCCCGCAAGUGGAAUGAGGAUCCACAAGAGCCAUAUCCUGUGAAUGAACCUCGUGAGGGCCUCAAUGACCCUGUCGACGAUGAUACAUAUGCAACUCUUGACAACGCCGAGGCGGGAACGUUGCCAGGCGAGCGAAUCCAGAUCCUCGGCCUCCACACGUGCAACCCGAUUAUUUCCUACCAAAAUCAAAUCUUCAGCUGCUCCUGGGCCGAUCAGAUCGGUACCGAGCUAGUCUUUACCCAUCCAGAUAUCGCUCCUGACACGGACUACCCACCCCUGCGACAGGGUCCUAGCUUCGAGCUGCUCGCCGCCAAUAGUGUCAAGAUUAUGGGCCGCAAAGCGAACAUCAUCUCCAGCUCUGGGCCAAGAUUGGUCCCCGAAAAUGCCAAUACUUCCAACUCUAUUCCAACCAAUACGGACCUAUCCAAUCCAUUACCUGCAGAUCCAGCGGGUAUGACCCUCGGACCGGAAAUCUCGACACACCAGUCCAGCUUCAUCCAGCGGUUGCAGCGCAUUAAGCACGCACAUGGUGAGGCAGAUGCUGUGCGCACAAUCAUGAGCACCCGGCGUAAUGCGACCCUUGCCGACCGUUUGAACGCGUGGGCUCGCACCGAAGCUCAAGUGGCCGAGAUCGCCAGCUUGAAUGAGCGGGCUGCGAAUGGAGAGGAGGAGGCGCUGGAUAUCCUGGAGAUGAUGAUUCGCCGACUUGAUGAGAAUGACUCCCAGAAUGCCUAUUGA